AUGACGACGCCUGCAAUUAGAAUCCCUUUCACGGGCCCAUUACCGCCGGCCAUUAUUAUUCCGCCCUCUGCUACCACGCUUGCUGGGGCCAUCGACGCCAUCAGCGCCUUUUUCGCCGCGUCACCGUCUCCGAAUCUCCGGGGCAUCGAUGUCGGGAGGCACUCUCAAACAGUCCUCCUGACCGGCGCAGGGAUUUCUGUCGCGUCCGGUUUGUCUGACUAUCGAGGAGAACAAGGGACAUACCGACGAAACAAGUCUUACCGGCCAAUCUACUUCCAUGAAUUCCUGUCACAUCAUGAGUCCCGCAAGCGAUAUUGGGCGCGCAGCUUUAUCGGAUGGCCAGGCCUCGUGAAAGCACGAGCAAACUCAACCCACUGGGCAAUCCGAGACCUCGGGACCAAGGGGUAUAUUAGCUCGGUCGUGACACAGAAUGUCGAUUCGUUUCACUCUCUCGCUCACCCGGAUCUGCCCACCAUCGAGCUGCACGGAUACCUACGAUCUGUUGUCUGUACAAGCUGUCGGAAUCACUUCCCUCGAGAAGAGUUCCAAUCAUCAUUGAAGAAGCUCAACCCGGCAUGGACAGAAUUCUUGAAUCGGAUGGUUGAGGCGGGAGCACUGGACACAGAUAACCCGGACGAGCAACGGCGUAAAGGCCUGAAGCUGAAUCCAGACGGCGAUGUCGAUCUGGCAGAAGCGCCGUAUUCUACAUUCCGGUACCCAUCGUGUCCGACCUGCUUGGAGAAACCUCCCACCCUGAAAGAUGGUACGAGAGGCCGGGUAGAGGUAGAAAGGGACGGCGCAUGGCUGCCAACAUCAAGUGCCGGCAUAUUGAAACCUGCGGUGGUUAUGUUUGGCGAGAACAUCGAGCCGGCGGUUAAGUCGGCGGCUGAAGAGGCGAUCGACGAUGCUGGCCGCUUACUCGUCUUGGGCAGCAGCCUGGCCACCUUCUCAGCCUGGCGCUUGGUUGAACGAGCACACAAACGAGGCAUGCCCAUCGGCAUCAUCAAUGUUGGGGGCGUGAGGAAUGAGUCUCAUCUCUUUGGAAAUUUAGGCUCAGAUCCUACUCCUCACGUCAGGUGUAGCCAUCCCACGCAGUCCAUCCUUCCUCCGGUUGUAUCAGGACUGUCCAUGAACUCUUAA